CGGGAAGGUAUGGCGGCAGGUGUGUUGUAGCGAGAGAACAGGUUAUUUCCUCCACGACUUUCACGUUGUCUUGCAAUAAUUAUGCCCCUGUUAAUUUUCAUAAGCCAUAUCCUAGCAUGAGCACAAAUUGGUCGUGGGAUUGCAAUCUGCGAAGGGAUGUCUUCGUCCCGUUGUCGUGCCGGGUAUUAAAUUUGGCGGUGAAAUCUCCCUGGAAAUCUAGGAAUGACAGCGGAACACGAAUUUAGACAGCAGCCUAAACCUUCUGAGAUCGCUUUGCCUGACAAAUUAGCGAAAAUCAAGAAAGCAGAUGACUUCCCGGCCAUAAAGUACAAGUGGAACACUAAUGAGGUACGCUUGAUUUUAGUUUAUGACUAAAUAUUUUUGGAAUGAGUUGUAGACUUUGAAAUCGGGACAGACUUAGUUUUCUUUUCUUGUUUGCAUAUAGUGUCAAUAGGACGUUGUCAACGAUUUUAUUUUCUAUGAACGCUGGACUCUUGUUCACAUUUUGGUCUUACCCUUUGGGAGUAGUUACGUCGUGAAAAUUGUUCAUCAAGUUUAAUUUCUAAAAUCAAAUCAUUUGAGGCAUAAUCGUUCGUAUGUGACGGCCAAGUCAGAAUUAAAAAGGUUUUCGACUGGCUCUUAUUUGUUUAUUUUUUGGAGGUUUCCUCUAGACGGUAAGACGUGAUCUCUCAUUAGUAUUUCUUUUGGACAAGGCCCAGUGUUAGAUGAAGAAAAGAAGCAUUUGCGUGUCUCAAAUUUUAUUUUCUCUCAAACGGAAAACAAGCUGUAGAGUGUAGAUUCGUGACAUUAUUCCUUGUUUCGUGUCCACAAAACCAAAGCUCUAACAUGGGGGGUACGGCGUUGCUUGUCGGUCUUAAAAUAUUAUCCUUACUUUUUUGUGUUUUAAAUAUAUCUGUGGUAUUUGCUAUAAAAACAGCUUACGAUAUUUUAUCUUAAGAAAACAUGGACAUGUUUGAAUACGGACUUGUUUUUGUUUCCACUUAUAGUCGUUUUGAGGUCGAAUAGAUCGUUUUCUGUUCAGAGCGCAUAUUUUUCCUUCCAGAGAAAUUUGUAUAGAUAGGUGGAUGCUGUGAAAAAUUAAAUUUGACGGCAUAAUUCCAUCCCUUCUUUUCAGUGGCACUGUCAUGCAAAUUUGUUAUCUUAGAGAUGAAUAUUUUAUUGGAAAUCUUUCACUCUUUGUGGAAGGCCUUUGGCUAAUAUAGCUCACAGAAAAUCUUUUUUGCGGAGAUGUAAUCAUGAAACCAUAUCAUUGUCUUGGGACUAUACCUUCCACCUAAAAACUGUCACAAGUGUAGUAGAUGAAUUCACCAAAUUGUGAAACUGAAAAUGUUUGUUUAUUUCUCUAAUACUAGUAAUAUCCUUUCCACAUGCAUACAGAUUUAUUUUUCUGUCAAAAAUAAUAUUAUUAUUUAUUAUUAAUGUAAGUCAUGUGUUGGUAACUUUCCAUGUUAUAUACUACAAGACUUCAUGAUUUUGCCCAGCAUAUUUUGAGAAAAAAAAAUAAUUACUUGAUUGAUUACCCUUUCUUUAACAUAUCUGUUGAAAAUUUUAUGGAAAAGCAAUAUCUUUUUCUUGAUACAUCUUUUGUAGGUAAUUUAUUGUUGUUUAUAAUUGGCUUUGUCUGUGCAAACAUUCCAGGUGAAAGGGAAACUUUAAGAACUUUAAGGAAAUCUGAUUCCAGCUUGUUUUCAAGCACCAAUGUUAUCAAGUGUGUUUUAUAAACACAAAACCAAAUGCUUUUUAUCUCAAGAGAUUCUGACAGCUAUUGUAUAAGUGAUCAUUAACAAGAUUAAGGCCAUAUUUGCAUAGCAACAUACCUUUUAAGGUUUUGUUUUGCCUAAUUUCUCAGUGGAAAAUUUGAAAUUUUAAAACCAAUUUCUGUUUGCUUUGAACAUGAAAUUUUUCUCUUUAGCAUAACAAAGAUGUUUUUGAAAAUUUAUCAUGAGUGAUUUCAUUUAGUAAUUAUUUUUUGUUUGCUCAGAUCUUAGUACUUGUAAACUUAGAAGUCAGCUUUUAUCAUUCUGUCACUGUUUUGUACAUUAUUUUCUUGAAACAUGUUUUCUACCUAAAAUGUUUAAAUUUUCUGAUUGUUUUCCUUUAGAAAAUUUUAUUGCUUCUCUGUUCUGAAAAGAUUGCCUUAGGGGAAAUAAUUUUUAUGUCUACAUGAUCAAAGUAUUAUGAGUGGAAAUCAAUAAUUCAGUGAGAUUUAGCAGUGGAAUUAAAAACAGUAUAUAAAAAAAGCCAUGUGCAAUGUAAAAUGAGGCAUAUUAUCUUUAAAUUUUGGUAUGGAGGAAAUGUGAGUCUGGUCAGAUUGCUGGUCAUGUAGAUCAGUGGCUUACCUUAAUCUGGGAAGAGUUCACUCUGGCACUCUAGCCACUGGAAUAAAUGGCUAAAAUUAUACUGUAAAUAAGUUAUUUAUAAUGUAUCAACCAAUAGACAACUGGGAUAAGUUAUUGGUAUAAGCUGCUUUUUGGCACUGGUGUUUCCAUGUAGAGCCUGUUCUGGAAGAGUGAGUCAUCUCUAGACACCAUAAUCUGUCUCAAUGCAAUAAUUAUUGAACCUUGUCUUGUUGUUACCUUUCUUUACCAGACAAUAUUAAUUUCUAUAAGCUCCUAGCCCCAGUUGUUCAAAAGCUGGAUACACUAUCCACCAGAUAAAUCGCUAUUCAGAGAAUAAGUACCAGCCAGGACACUAAUAUUGCACAAGAUAGAGACUUAUCUGGUGGAUAGCGUUAUCCACCUUUUCAACAACUGGGGCCUGAAGAUGCCCAACUUACACAAUGCUACUUCUAUUAGUGUUCUCUUGGUAAUCAGUUAAGUAUGAUCAGUAAAGUGAAUUGGAAUGAUAAACAAGGAAGUACAUGCAGUCUAUGAAUGUUGUUAUAAAUUAAAUCUGUUGCCGAUAGUAAUGCGUUCCCUAAAUUCCCUGAAGGGUACUUUUGCAUUCGAGCGCCAUGUUUAAAAUUCAGUUUUGAGCUAGCAGUUGACAUGAAGAGAAGAAUUGAGAUAUAGAAACCGAAGACCCGGAGACAAUUCACGCUAGUCGAAUCAUUCUGUUUACCAUUCUGUUAAUGCUCAUGAUGUAGAAGUGAAAAGAGGAGAGCCCGAUUUUGACGCGUGAAUGGUGAAUAAACUUGAAACGUUAGAAAAUACAAUAACAACAAUAACAAUAACAACAAAACAACGACAAUAAAUGUUCUACCACUAAUUCCUUUUUGCAUAUACUGAGUGCUAUUUAAAGUAAGCCACUGAAUAAUCAGUUCAUGGAGGAAUCAGUUGCUUUGUUGUCUCUUUUAGGGAGGUAGUAGUCUCUUACAGGGUCCAUAAUUAUUGCUUUCCCCUCUUCUUAAUCCAUGCCGGGAUUUGUUGUCCUUAAUGUUCCAUGCUUGCAGCAUGAUAAAUUUCAGAUCCUUUUCACAUUAUUUCUUGCAAGGAUGACAAAGAACCAGAAGAUUUAAAAUAUUCAAUACAUGUUUUUUUUUUAUUAUUUUUAGGAGGUACUUUCCUUGCUAACAAGUUUGAGCAACCAUGAUGCGUGGGUAACAAGAGAGGUUGCUGACAGGUAGCUACAAAUUAUUUGCCUGUACUAAUGAAUUAACUUAAAAAUAGAUUGGUACUGAACUUUAAUUACGCAGGCCAUGAUGGUGUAAUGCCAUGUUUAAUUUGUAUUUUUUUUUUGGUUUGAAGCAUUUUGGAAAAGAAAUAAUUGAAGUGUAAGACACGUAUUACACAAGGCUUCUGAUGUCAUUCGAUAGUACCAUUUUGUAUAAUUGAUCUCAAAUUUCAGCCAAUCACAUAAUUCAUAAAAAGUUUCAAUGCUGAUUUAAGGUUAUUUUGUUUUGGAAACAUCAUGCAGAGCUCUUGAAAUUUCUAAUGUUGGUGUGAAACUAAAAACUAUUAUUUUAAGCAAUAAUAAAUUGCUUAAAAUAAUAGUUAAAUAAUAGUUAUUGAUUAUCAUCAAGUCUCAUCCUGCCAGUAGGAGGAUAAGGCCUCCAUGCUGUCUGACUAACACUUUCUGUCUUGUACAACUGCUUUGGCUACUUCCCAGCUGUUCCACCCAGCUUUGUUUCACUUAAGCAAUUGUUUAUACUUGUUAGAAAUUGCACAAAUUAGUUAUCCCACAAUGGUACUUUUUUGUUGCAUAAUGUGACCUAGAAAUUCCUCAUAAUGUACUUGAAGUUUGGGCACCCUGUCAGAAGACCUGAUUACAGCAUACAGCAUGACAUUUUUGUCCGGCGACUUAAUGCUGCUAUCAGACAACCUUAUUGGCCAAGCAGAGAUUAAAAUUUUGUUAUGGUUAGAAUUUUAAUCCCUUAUGAAGAGAGUGUGAAAAUAUUUUUUUUCUGGGGAUUCUCCCAUUAAUGUUGACAUUCUUACUUGUACAAAAUAGUAACAGAAUAGUUAUCAUCCUUGUACUGUGAACUCAGUUAAUCCUAAUUAUUUUGGGACAAAGUAUUUUUAUAAAGUUUCAGAUACAAUAGAACCCCCAGUAACUUGAACUCUGAAGGGAAAUCAAAAACAGUGCUAGCUGAUGGGGGUUCGAGUUAAUGGGGCCGAUUGCAAAAUUCAAUUUGCCAUGUAUUAUUCAGCACUUCAGUGCAUAGUGCAGUGCAAAUUUAACUUACACUGUAUUUCAUCAGAAACAGUAACAUGAUUAGGCAUUUUUUUAUGAGAAAAUGUGAUUUGUUUGUUGCAACAAUUAAAAUCAAAUUGAUGUAUACCACUGUAGGUGACCAGUGUUAGUCUUAGUGUUUUUACCGAUUAUGCAAAAAGAAGAGCAAAUGGGAUGGCAUCUGAGUAAAGUUACAAGAACCAGAAUCAAAUUCAGUUAUCGAGGUAAAUUUCAGUGAAUUUUUGAUCAAGGGAUAGGAAAUUUGGUUUGAGUUAUUUAAUAAGAGUUAUCCGAAUUCGAGUUAACAAACUAAAAAGAACUGAAAAGUGGGUUGAAAUCCAAGGGAAAUUGGACUUUGUUUGAGUUGGUGGAGAGUGAGAGUUAUCUGAGUUCAAGUUAUUGGGGUUAAGCUGUAUUAAUUUAGAAACAUUACGCAAAUAACAAAGCUCAGUAUUAGAGCUGCAUACUGUUUAAUUAUUCAUAUUGCUCAUAUUACACUGUAGGCUGUGAAAUAACCUGCACAAAGAAAAGAUAUCCAUGUAUGUACUGAAAUGUUUAUUAUUUUUGUGUCUUGAUUUCUUUUAGGCCACAAAAUGGAUCUAUGUUUCUUUUUGACAGAAGCAAGGUUUGUAGGGCAUGCUUAUUAGGAGAAUUUGUUUACUAGCUGUCAGAAAAAUUUGUUGGAAAUGUUGAUUUAUAAAAUGUGGAAAUAAUAUGUCACAAUUUUGAGCUUAGCAGACAGGCAAGAUGGGUUCAUCUUUCCCACCUGGUUUUCUAAUCAUGAUACAAAAUCCAUCCCCUCAAAUUUCCAGCCCUGAAUCCAGCCAUAGUAAAAAAAGUCAUACAGUGUUGUACUGUACCUUACCCUGCGAGCAGAGGCCCUUCGAUCUUCCUAUCUAGGAAGAUCGAAGGGCCUCUGCUCGCAGGGUAACUGUACCUGUGCUAUUGAGGGGAAAGGCUUAGAAGUACACUGUAAUUGAGUCAUUCUUAAACAGACAAGGAAACACUCCAGCUUUUUACCCAAAACAUGUUAAAAUGCGUGAAAGCAGUGAAUACAGAUAUAAGUGUUACAUCUUCCGUUGAUGGUCAUGUAGUGGCGUGUAACUGCUAUUGAAACACAAAACAGCUUUCAUAAGGUCCUAAAUGGGGUACUAAUGAAGCGAAGACCAUUAAUUGAAGGGUCUUGUUAUUUAUCUGAGUGGUUUACAAUGUAUCUUCAGUUAACUUAUAUGGGUAGCUCUGUCCCCUUAUCAUUCUCCAUGACCCCUAUUAAUUUUUUGGCAGAAAAGGGGGUCCAGGGUGUUCCCCAAGGAAAAUCUCCUCAUAUCAACACUAGUUAUGGGUAGUGUUUUGUGAAAUGUGGUUAUCUUAUGGGACAUGUCCAAGAAGGAGGGAGUGAUGGUUAAAGUUCUUGAUGCCACAUUGUUAAUCUGUGACCUUUCUGUCUCAGGUCAAACAUUAUCGCAAAGAUGGCUACACGUGGAAGAAAAGAAGAUCAGGAAACACAAUCCGAGAAGAUCACACACGACUGAAGGUUGAAGGAAUUGAGGUAAUAGUUAAAUUACUGCCUCAGAAACAUAGGAAGGCAGAUACUAGUUGGAUACCAACUGCUAUAUAAAUGACAUCUGCCAUUAAAAUGAACUACCAAAAAACUGCCUUGGAAGGAAAAGGCAAAAGUUUUUUAACUUCACAGGAAAGUAGUGGAUUCGCCUUUUGUAUCAUAUAUAAAAAUUAUGCAGAACUAGAAGGUUGUCAUCAAUAAUGUUGCACAUGCGAAAAAAUGUUUGGUGUCGGUGUUACCUGCAGAGUGAAAUUUUUAGAGUUAGAGAGGUAAUUUUGCUAUGUUCUUUCAAUAUUCAGAGCUGAAGCUUCUGUUAGUCACUGAAAAAAUAGAAUAUGGUGGUGUUCAAGAAUAGAUUAUUUGAAUUUCGAGGAUUUGUUGAGACCUUUUUCUUUAUUAUUUUCUGUUGUUUUAGUGUUUGAGUGUACUAUACACACAUUCAGCUCUGGUGCCUACAUUUCAUCGCCGCUGCUAUUGGCUGCUUCAGGUAUUUCACUUGUUUAAAAUUUUUAAGCCCUAAUAUCCGCUUACAAAUUCUUCUGAUCAAUUUUCAUGCAUUUCCUUAGAGAAUAAAUUGAGAGAAUUUAGUACUGCCAAAGACGAUUCAUUUAAAUGGUAACAACAUAGGAUUUCAUCAUGGAUUUAAAAGUAAGAGGGACAAAUAAAAGACUAACUUUUGAGUCUCUGGAUGAAAUCCUAUGGUGUUACCAUUCAAAUGAAACCUCUUCAGCAGUACUUUCACAUGGUACUAUUUAUUUAGUAUGUAGUUCUAACUUUUGAGUCUGUGGAUGAAAUCCUAUGGUGUUCCCAUUCAAAUGAAACCUGUUGAGCUGAACUUUUACAUGGUGCUAUUUAAUUUUAAGGAUUUUACAAUUGUGGAAAUUUGGAACGUUUGUGAAAUGGUUAUUAAUUAAUAUUGAAAAUUGUGUAUGUGUUGUAGAAUCCUCAGAUUGUGUUGGUGCAUUACCUGAACCUAGUUGAAGAAUGCAGCAAGCCCAUUACAGUGUCAGUAUACAUGUCACCAGAUAGUCAUGAUGAUAUUUCACAGCAGCUGAAAGCCAUCUGUAAGUAUGUGCUCUGAAUAUGAUUCAGUCAAUUCUGGUCAAUUCAUAAUUCAUUAGUAUGGUUGUGGUACAUGUGACCGAUUGUGUGAUUGUUCAAGUGCUUGUAAGAGAUGGAAGUUGGAUUGCCUCCUUUGUUUGUAUGGAAUGCAAUAGGGAAAGGGUUCAUGCUUUUUUUCAUUUGUGCCCUCUAGCUUUUAGGAGAAAAUAGUGGCACUGUGAACAUACUCUGUGUCUUCUAUCUUUCGUAUUUGUGGGCGACAAGAGGAGCCCGCAAUCCUAAUCUCCACGUUGUUAUUACGCAUGCGUCGCAUGUAUGUAGGCAGCAUUCGUUUGGACUUCCAAUAAGAACGAAUGGAAUGUACAGAACGCACUUUGAUCACGCGCGUUUGGAAAUUCUAUCACUCGUUAUCUGAUUACGCGUACGCAAAGCACAGCGCUGAAGAAAAAGCGUUUUGACCCUCGAUCGUUGUCGCCCUUUGGUUAUUACUAGUUUAAUUGUAAUUAUCUGACAGUGUCUUCUUGUAAAACAAGACAGCACUGUUUUCAUGUACAGGUUUUAGCGACUCCUCCUGCUGUUCCAUUAAUGUGUUGCUUCAUUACUCCAAAAACUUUCAUGGCCAUUUUAGUUCGGAAAUUAGCCGAGAGAUUGAAUGCUGUUCUAGCCACUCCUAUAACGGCUGCUAUUAAACUGAAAAUUUAAGGAUGAUUAUUUAGCCAGCUCGGGAAAAAGUGAGUAAAAUUUGUUUAUUUCCUUAGAUUCGGGUGUUUCUCAGGAUGUCAAGCCUGAAGUCACGGUAAGUAUUUCCAAUCCCAGAACCAGCCAAUAUGGCUGUUAUCAAACAGUAAUAUUUUUUUAUGCGAAAGGAUAUCCGGUUUAUUGGCCAAUGUGUAGUUCCAGAAAAUAUCCAUACCCCCUGACGGAGGGCACUUUUGCUUUAGUCCCCCCACCCCCUUGAGGUUUCCAUUCCAUGGGGUGCUUGUCAUACCCACUACCUCCUGGAAUUUCCGUGAUUUUCCAUCUUGGUGGGAAUCUCCUGGAAAAAGCAAACAAAACGUCGAGAAAAUUAAAAUACCUCAUUGGUACUAUAUUUCGCGCUUUUCGUAGUUGUAAAGAAAAUGUAAAUACCUUAUUGGAACUAAAUUUCGCGGGUCUUUAAUUUCACAAUUUUUUUACAAUUAAAUUAUUGCGAAAAGCGCGAAAUUAAAGACCCGCGAAAUUUAGUACCAUUGAGGUGUAAAAUUCCAAAAGUAAGCCCCGGGGCUUAUAUUUUUCAAAGGCCCUUUUUGAGGGGCAUAUUUUUGGAGGGGCUUCUAUUCGGAGGGGCUUAUCUACGGAGGGAAAUUUGCGUCUCAGAAUCGAUUGGGCGAGCCUUAUCGUUCAGUGGAAGUAAAUUUACCGUUUUUGCUUUGUUUUACUUAGUAUUUGAGGGCAAUUUUACAAGUACGAGCCCACGGGGGGCUUAUAUUUGGAGGGGCGAUUUAACGGAGGGUUUUUUGCGUUACCGGUUUGGGGGGCUUAUAUUUGGAGGGGCUUAUACAUGGAGGGGCUUAUUUUCGGAAUUUUACGGGGGAAUUUUAAUUUUCUUUACAAUUGCGAAAAGCGUUAAAUAGACCCGCAAAAUUAAGUACCAGUAAGGUAUUUUCAUUUUCUCGACGUUUCGUUUGCUUGUCUUGACAGUAAAAUUGCACAAUGUUUAUCUUUCGCAGGUUUCCGAGGAGAGCCCCCCUGCCUCACCAUCUUCAUCAGAGGAGGGCGACACUUUGUCUACCAAAGGCAAACAACAACAGAAACGAAACAAGGCCAUCUACAAGAUCUCCAUUUCUCCAAAUAAAAGCCUACAAGCCGUGCCACAAAAUGAUAAAUUAAGCCUAAAGGUGAUGAAAGUCACUAGAAAUGAACAAGGACGCUUAACUGUGACGGGUCAUAGGGAGGGGUCACCUUCCUUAGACGAAGACAAUUCUUCAUAUGAAGGCAACGAUUCUUGGAGAAUAAACGAACGCGGUCAAAGCAUGUGCCAGUCAGUAGUUACAUCAGCAAGCACACGUGAUAAUCACGUGUUUGCCACCUGCGCGCAGAAUUUCUUUAACCAGCAGUCUCCUAGAGACGUAUCCAUACUUUCUGCCGUUCCUAUGGUAACGAAUCCACCAGUGUCGGCUUUAUCAUGUCCGGUUCAGAAUACGGUCAGCACUACAACUGUAACUACGGCAUCAAAUUCUCAGUUUUCUCAACAAAAUCAUGCGUCAAACGCGAUUUCAAUUAAUCCGCUCUCGAGAGAGACGUCUUCUAACUCUGGAAUUCAGUGGAAUUCAGUCUUUGUUCACCCACGUGUGGCGGAGUUAAGUAGCAGUCCGUCUAGCGACUAUGGCAGUUAUAUGUCUGAUGCCGGCACCCGGCUUAGCUUCUCAGGAUCCGACUCUUUGAGCGGUGGACUAAGUGCUCAGAGUUUCCCCGACUCCGACCAAGCUAUGUUUGACGGCCCGUUUCGCUUACCUCUUCCGGUAACCCGAGAUUGUCCGCUAAAUUUCGCUGAUUCAGCAAAAAGUGACCAGGGUUUGUCGCAAGGGAUGUGUUGGCUGGGUGAUUGCAGCCCCGGGGCAUCCCAGUCUAGUGGCAAUGAUGUGCCAGUUGAUACGACGGAUUUUUCACCUCUUGAGUUGCUCGGUUUUGAUGACAUGUUUGAUUGUAAUCUGAGUAACGUGAUACCGGAAUGCCUUAACUCACCGCCGAAACAAAGCGAAAACGUUGCUGCAACGUCCGUCGGCGAGAAUCUCCAUCCUACUUAUUCCACAGCUUCAAACACAUCAACGCAAUCGUCAUCACUCACGCUCAAUUCGUUCUCUGCAGAAAGUUUAGUCAGUCAACCACCAGGGUUCCACAUCACCACUUCCGGUUUGACAUCGACAACUUCGUACGUGUUCGUGAAACCUGUCAGUCCGGUAAGAAACACCGUCGUGACGUCAUGUUUUGUCAGCGUUUCCAAUAACACGCCCUCGUCAUCAUCCGGGGUAUCGGUUAGUAGGGCUAGCACCCAUUCUCUCGCCGGAGGCCAACGGGACAGCAAUGAAGUUACUGUGCCCGACAUAUGUAUGACUCCGGUGGUUUCACAGCCUACAUCAAACCAAGUUGCUCAUGGCUCAUCUGCCAAGACAAACUCAAACCAUCAGUCCUUAUCAAGUGACAUAAACAACAACACUUCACGGCCGAUUGAUGCUGGAGAAACUACGACUUUCACUUCCUCUCCGCAUCCAAGAAAUCAUGUCGUACCAGGCUCUGCGCGCAUUACGGAUUUUUCACCCGAGUGGUGUUAUCCCGAGGGAGGAGCUAAAGUGCUCAUUACUGGUGAAUGGAGGACCGAGCAGGGCGUCUACACGUGUUUAUUUGACGGUUGUAGCGUGCCUGCGAUCUUGUACCAAGCAGGCGUGUUGAGAUGCUUUUGUCCGUCACAUGACCCAGGCCUAGUCACUCUUCAGGUGGCUUGUAAUGGGUUUAUCGUUAGCAACGCAUGCGUGUUUGAAUACCGUGCACGUGAUUCGCCGGCGGGCAGCUCCGGCUGUCACGAGUGGCUUACCACUGAUAACGACCGGUUUAAACUUGCUUUACUGGAUCGCUUGGAGAGACUGGAGUCUAGACUCAAUGCAAGCCAGACAAACAAUUCCGAAAAUCAAUCUCAAGGAAAUCAGUGCAUGACAUUCGAAGAUCGCCUCAUCGCUGCUUGCGAGAUUUUUCAUCGCUCCCAUUGCCCCAUUAGAAAUCUAACAAAGAUCGAGAAGCCAUUUCGAGGCAUGACACUGCUUCAUUUGUCCGCUGCCCUUGGUUAUAACAGACUCGUUUGUACGCUUCUCAAGUUUUGGCGUGAAAGCCAAAGCGCGCUAGUCAGAGACGAAUUAAACCCUCUCAGAAAGGACGAGUUUGCGUGUACGCCUCUAACAUGGGCAUGCGCACUGGGAUGGACAGACGCGGCACUCAUGUUGUUAGAGACAGAGCCCAAGGCGUUACUGGAGCCUGAUGCUCGCGGGCGUAUGCCACUGCAGCUGGCAAGAGAUCGAGGUUUCCUGGAUGUAGUGGACAUUAUUGAGGAUUCUGUCACAUCUUUUCCAAACAGGUGGGUUUAUUAAAAAAAACAUCAGCGAGGGACACAAGUGAGGGUAUCACAAAGUUAGCUAUCACAAAGAACAACAAUAGUUUAUUCAAUACGAAAAUAUUUUACAGUUAUGGUACCCACAAUUAGCGGAGCCAUUCUAUGUGGGAAACAAUACAGUAAUAGUCUCCUACAAAUAAAUACAACGUCCAAAAGCCGGGGAAAAAGAAAGUGAAUUCAGAGAAAGUAAAAAAAUGUAGCACAAACGGAAAGAAUAGUAGUAAAUGGUAAAACUAAAACAAGUACGAUAGUAAAAGAAAACUAUGGAUAGAAGGAAAGAAAACACAUAAGCUGAAUAAGGAGUUCACGUAGGAACUGGUAAUGGCACUCAUAUCAACAUACACCUUCUCAGCAUCCAAGACCUUGAGCAGUAACUUAUGUAGUCUUACGCUUGAAAGGGUCUUUUCCACUGUUCUUGUGACUUAAGAGGGAUUUUGUUCCAAAUUCUUACACCACUUCUAGAAAAAGAUAACAAUGGUUGUUUGAGUCUAUAUUUACGGACAUGAGAAUUACACGUAGUUGACUUAAACUGCGUCGGUCAAGGGAAUUUUUAGGGAUAUCGUGAAGCUCAUAGAACAAGUUGUUUAAUAAGCUUUUUUUUCCCUCAAAGUUGGUAGUGAAACUUGGCUUCGUAUGCACUUCAAAUUACUGUUGUUAAUAUUUCGAAUUUUCCACAGGAACAUUUUUCUCGGUGUGGGCCAUGAUUCAGACGUCACCUCAUCACCAAUGGCCUCAUCUUGCGAGAGCUCUCCUCAAUCUUCCGCCUUGGCCCCUCAAUCUCGUAUCCUUUUGGCACCUCCUGUGGACACCACCAUGGAGGAGCGAGCGGGCUCACCGAUGUUUGUUGAUGAAGAUGAGAUGGAACCACAGUUUUCAAAAAAGCCAGGAAACACUUUGGCAAAAACUUUAGUACAUAUUCACUCCAUGAUUAGCGAAGCCGAACAAGAAGCCGAACUCGGUCAUCGUAUACCCGGGCAUUUAUCACCACUUCACGAAAAUACCGAACUUGUUACUGGUUCUUGGAGCUCCGCUAUGAGACUGCGCACUUUCAGUUCGGCUUCUUCCCAGUCCUCUCCUCUGACGCCUUGCUCUUCCAAAUCUUCACUCUCUCCAGGCUCUCCCGGCUUUCUAAACUCUCCCCAUUCUUCACCCGUCGGACCGGACACAACAGAAUUCCAGGAGUUCAUUUACAGCUCUCGUAAACUUCUGGAAAGGGAUUUGUCUGAUCUCACGCUAACAGAUCGUGAGCAAUGGGAACUAUAUGAAGCUGCAAAGAUAAUUCAAAACGCUUACAGGAACUACAAGGUAAACUCAGUUUCCCCCCCCCCCCCCCCCCCCCCCCCCCCCCCCCCCCACCCCCCCCCCCCCCCCCCCUUUUUUUUCUUCUCACCGCCGUGUGCCCACUCAAGCGGUGCACUCACAACAACAGAGAGUGUGGGGUGGGGGGGUGUGACGAUGGACUGUUUGCAACCAACCCAGCUCCACCCCUCCUUCCCCCCGGCGGCCGGACCCAACGCAUUUCCAUGGGUUUAUUUUCUGCUCCCGGAAACUUUUGGAAAGGGUUUUUUUUUAUUCCCCCGUAACAAUCUGGGGGCAAGGGGAACCUUUUGAAGGUGCAAAAAAAAUUCAAAAAUCUUUCAAGAACUACAAUGAAAACCCCGUUUCCCCCCCCCCCCCCCCCCCCUCCCACUCAUCACCACAACCCCUUCGCUCGCUGAUGUUUUUGCCACUGCAGAGCCUGGUCCCAGGCUAAAGUGUCACUCCAAAGCAUGAGGGAAUGAGGGUCGGGAGGUUUAGGACUAGGUAUCUCUAGCAACACCUCCUUCCCUACCCCCUCGCGCACCGCAACAACUACAACAAAUGUCUUACUGGCCUCUCUUUUUGUAAAUUCUUGUUCUUUGUAGACAAGACGUCAUCAACAGGAACAAGAAAUAGAGGCGGCUAUCUUGAUUCAACAUCAUUAUCGAAGAUAUAAAGAGGUAAUCGUCCUUCCAAAGCUCUGUUCACCCUUUACUGGCCCAAAACCUGAACAAGUUUGAAUUGCACGGCUAUUGCCUGGAUAUACUAGAGAGCUUUACAUUCUGAGAGGAGGACGACUACGAGUACGAGAUUUUCUCAGUAUUAAGUAGUGCACGCGCGUGAACCAUCGUCAUUUUGGCGGGAAAACGUGAGAGCUGUCGUUAUUAACGUAGCGGGAAGCUAUGGGUAUGCAAAACCAUAGAUUUCCUCCAACCUAAAAGAAAACGUUUGUACAUAGUAUACCCAGGAACCCACUUCUUGUCUCGACCCUGUACUCUGGCACCCAUGUCUUGCCUCAAUUCUCGAGUGGGUACUUGAAGAAAGGGUGGGCGCCGUGUCCUGGCAGCAAGUGUGAACUCUACCUAAGUAGUACAUGUUUUUGUUUUUGUUUUUUUUUUUCAGUAUAUCGCGUUCAAAAAGAUGACACGAGCAGCCCUAAUCAUCCAAAACCAAUAUCGCACUCACCGUGAGCACGAGAGGUUCAAGAAAAGCAGACGAGCGGCAGCCAUCAUUCAAAACACAUUCAGAAGUUACCGGGAACGACGUCGGUCCACGCAGAGGCGGAGGGAACAGAGACUCAGCAAGCGACAGGAGGCGCGAUACAUACAAAAGGCAUCCAACAGGUAUUUAUACCGCUUUGUCCAAGGUCGUAUUUAUACGUCCUCUCCUUUCAAUAGUUUUAUUUCUUUCGGCUGCUCAGUGUUUUCGUCCCUGGUUGUUUGAAAGGGUCUGAGAAGGAAUAAUGUCAAACGCUGACCUGAAAGUUUUUCAAGGAAGUUAUCGAAAGUUACAUCACAAGUUGAUGUUGUGUUGUGACGUAUUGAAAGAAGCUGUCAUCCCAAACUAACUAUGAUGGCGCUUUUUUAAAAUUGGUGCAUCUGUACUAGGGUAGGGUCUUUGCAGUUAACCCAGAUUACCCGGGCAAAAAAAAGAUUACCCGGGCGUGGGGAGUCGCGAGUCGUCACGCGAGAGCAACACGCAAAAGGGAACGUGAGUCUCGCUCGCUUGUUCUCUUAAGGCUCGCUUUUCUCGCCAUACAUGGAGAGCUUCCUAGCAGGCUAACCUGCGCUUCUAGCAAUUCGUUCCUAACGAUUGUAAAAUCAUUGCAUUUUGUCAAGGUUUUCGUAAAUUACGUAACUGUGUGCAUAAUACGUAACCAUAUUAAAGUAGCUUACUUGCAUUUAAAUGUCAUUAUUUUGUAGAUCGAAGGACAACUCCUAAUACCUAGAGGAAUCACGUUCGUUCACAAACAAACGAAUACAUUACUUCAUUCAUAAUGGGCUUUGCAGCCACAAGUCACGAAUGUAACACAGAGAAGAAGUAACUUAUUUUACACGUCGUGUUCGACGACAAUUACCUUAUAAAUAUCUUUAAAGUUGAUAAUUUAUUAAAUUAAUUUAUAAUAGAAGUAUAGCAAGUAUAAUCAUGCAGUUGCUCCCCUAAUUCCUGCAUGGAUUUGUUAAUAUAAUUAAAAAACAAUCAAGGGAAGAAAAGUUGAACUGGCAACUCCAAGUCAUUAUAAUUUCCAUGCACUGAACUGAACUGAACAGUAUGUCGGUAGACUGCAAAAUAGCUGUAUUUUUGCGCUAAUCAUAAAACCUGCAUGAUAUUGAAAAGAGAAAUUCUCGCACGACCUCGCCUGUCCAGACUACGAACAGUCUCUUUUUUUUUUUGUUAGUUCGUCAAACGUAACGCCCGACACACCAAAAUUGCCAGGCGCGUGACUGGAUGCACCAAGUACCUCAAGUCUCGUAGCUUCGCCGUUCACCGCUUGCGCGCGCGCGUGCACUAACUUCACUAAAUCUGAAGAAAAAGAGACUCUUCGCAGUCUAUCGCAUGCCCUUCCCUUUCAGGCAUCACGUGACAGGUGACAGCCAUUAGCAAAGUGCGAUCCGUUAAAAGAGAACUUACAAUGCUUUGCAGUUGUGACUUAAAUGUCGCAUAAAGUAUAUCUACCCAUGCGUUCCUGUGAAAAUUCCCUACACCUCUUGGCCCAGUGUCUUGUCUGUGUUAGUUGUAUAUAGUAUUUUAAUAAUCCCCAGUGCAUUCAGAAAUUAUUUGUGAAUACAAGAACUGAUGCCAACAUAUCACAUAUCAGAGUCUUUUUGCCUGUAGGAAUUUCCUCAGUUAGUCUCAACCUAGUUUCCCCAGGCUUUCUCUCUUGUCCCGUUGUCCGCGCGAAGGUUUAUGGAAAGAGAGAGCGAGAAGAGUCUUUUUCGGCGUUAACUUUUAAUGAGGUACGGAAGGGUCCGUUUUUAGCGGAGCUGAGAAGGCCUGGACUAGGAUGGUGAUGUAUAGCUACAUGCCCGUGUGAUAGGAAGACGUGGGGUACUCCCUAUAAUAGUAUAUGCGGGGAGACUCCGCCCGAAAGAGGUACCUUUUUCAGGUUUCUGGUACAUAAAAGGGUGGGGAUUUCACUAGUUGAAAUAUAUGAAAGGUCAGCGAAAUCUGUUUUUUCGGUCUGUAAGACGACCAAAACGCCUAACAAAUGCAUUUUAUGUCUGUGAAAAGGUGGAUAAAAUGUUCUGAUUGUGUUAUUUAUUCAUGUUUUAAAGAGACUGCAUUAACAGCAGUUAAAGGGGAUGCAUAGUUCCAAACUAGGUAUGUGAAAGGGAUGCCAUUUGUCAAGAGAAGGUAUACAAAAGGGGUACCUAUUUCGUCAGAAUUGGUAUUUAGAAACGUAAGGGUUUGGACCUCGGGGCGGAGCCUCUCUGUAUAAAACUUUGUUGAGUACCCACGGGGUAGGAAACUAAACUUUGUCAGAAUGAGGUUAGGUGUAUCAUGUGUAGAACAAAUUUUUUAAAUUUACCAUUUAUUUAGAGAUCCCGUUACUGGAAUCGCUAUUGUCGGUCACAAUUUUCAGUGACCAGUACACUGUUUCUGUUUUGCUCGAUGAAAGUGCAACUGUCAUCUCUUUUAAAUGAAUAUGGAUGAUAUUACGUCCGCCGUGCUUGGCUAUCAUUAGCUACGUUUUUCUGAGGCCAAAUUUUCUGAGAGUUUUCCUAUUUCAUCUUAUGUUUUGUUCAAAGUCCCGCAGAAGAUACUCAUCAUGCUAAGAUGAUGGUAUUAAGCAUCAUGUUUGUAACAAACAGCAAUCGGCAGAUCAGAUGGCAGUAGACCAUAAUACCAUUGCUUAUGUAUACCAGAACAAUAAGCAAAUCAGUAAUGCAUUUUUUUCAAGAACUUGUUUGUACUUUGUACGUUUUCUUGGCAUUGCAAACUACAAACUGCAGACGUAUUAAAUGGAGGGGUACGUAAACGUGAUGUUUAAUUAAACGCUCAUGUCGCGCAACAACAGAAACACGUUAGGGACCUCAAGCAAAGACGUUUUUGAGCAACUCACAUCAACCGGAAGUGGACUUUUCGUCAGCGGCAUGGCAUGUUAAGAGAAAAAGCGUUCACUUUCGGUUUACGUACGUCGCUCAAAAACGCCUUUCCUUAAGCUCCCUAUUAUCAGUUCUAUUUAUUAUUAUAAUAAUAUUAUCACUACAUUGAAACCUUUUUGUAUUAUUUAAUUGCCUGCUAGGACAUUCCUUGCAGUGAGUGAAUACUGUAACCAACCCAUUCGAUAAGAGCGGAGUCGGUUAUAAAUAAACCAAUACAGUACCAUGUUGGUUUUGUUUUUGGAGUCUGGGAGUCUUACAUUGAGG